AUGUGCUCAGCUAACUUCUCAGACUCUUUCAAAGUGUUUCUUGCGAAUGUCACUGCUUUCACGGAACCCCGUUCUUUUAAAGACGCCAUGGAAUUUGAUGUUUGGCGUAAAGCAAUGGGUUUUGAGAUCACUGCUUUGGAAGAUAGUGGCACAUGGGAUCUUGUUGAUUUGCCUCCUGGAAAACGUGCCAUUGGGUGUAAAUGGGUUUUUAAACUGAAGUUCAAUUCUGACGGUACUGUCGAGCGCCAUAAAGCACGCCUUGUUGCUCUCGGAAACCGUCAAGAAGAAGGUGUUGAUUAUGAUGAAACUUUUGCUCCAGUUAUCAAGAUGACCACUGUCCGAACCUUUCUUAACGUUGCUGCUUCUCGUAACUGGGCACUUCAUCAAAUGGAUGUUCACAAUGCCUUCUUACAUGGCACUUUGGAUGAAGAAGUUUACAUGAAACCUCCUCCCGGGUUUCUCUCUUCCGGCUCUACUAAAGUAUGUCGUUUGAAAAAGUCUCUCUAUGGUCUAAAGCAGGUACCUCGUUGCUGGUUUGGAACCCUUCAAACGGCGCUUCUGGAUUAUGGUUUUCGCCAAUCCACUUCAGAUUACUCUCUUUUCUCCCUUGUGCGUGGUGAUUCAGAGAUUUAUGUUCUUGUCUAUGUCGAUGAUCUACUUUUUGGUGGUAAUGACACAGCUCUACUCUCUGCUUUCAAGUCUUAUCUCAGCAGUCAAUUCCACAUGAAAGACUUAGGUACUCCUCGUUAUUUUCUUGGAAUUGAGAUGGCUCGGAAUGCUGAGGGAUUUUUUUUGUGUCAACGAAAGUAUUGUUUGGACAUCAUCUCUGAGGCUGGCCUUCUUGGUUGUCGUCCUACGGACAUUCCAUUAGCUCCAAAUCAUCGUCUCGCUCACUCCGUCGAUGCUCCUUAUGACAACCCAUACCAAUAUCGCCGUAUCGUCGGUAAACUUAUUUAUCUCACUCUCACUCAUCCGGAGCUAUCUUACUCUGUGCAUAUCUUGUCUCAAUUUAUGCAAAAGCCAACUGUUGCACAUUGGAAUGCUGCCCUCAAGGUUCUUCGCUAUCUCAAAGGUACACCUGGUCAAGGAAUUUUGUAUAAAGCUGGUACCGAUCUUGUGCUUACAGGCUACUGUGAUGCGGAUUACAAUGCAUGUCCUCUCACACGUCGAUCGUUAACCGGAUUUGUGUUUUUUCUUGAUGGCUCUCCUAUUUCGUGGAAGACUAAGAAACAAGACACGGUUUCCUUGUCUACUGCCGAAGUUGAGUAUCGCUCCAUGUCCUGGACUACUAAAGAGGUCAAGUGGCUCAAUACUCUUCUCCACUUCUUCGGUAUUACACAACCUGGCCCUAUUCCUUUUCAUUGUGACAAUGAAGCGGCUAUUCAUAUUGCUACAAAUCCCGUUUUCCAUGAGCGCACGAAGCAUAUCGAAUCUCAUUGUCAUCAUGUUCGCGAUUCUAUUCUCAACGGUCUCAUCAAACCGGCGUACGUUCCUAGUGGUGAACAGAUCGCUGAUAUUUUCACUAAAGCUCUUGGAGUUGUUCAAUUUCGUUUCUUGAUCUCCAAGUUGGGCAUUUGUAAUUUGCAUGCUCCAACUUGA